AGUCGUAUGUGCACACGUCAGUGCACGUGGUCGUAUUUCGCCGAGCCAUCGCGAACGCACGGAUUGCAUACAGUCGUUAAAUCAUGCAUCGCGACGUAGAUCUGGAAAUCGAUCCUGUCAGGAACGAAAGCUGAUCGCACGCGCUUUUAAGUUAGCACUUUUGAAUUCCGUAUAAUUCGCGCGCUCUUGGCGAGACGUGAGCGAUUAAAUGUGAUAGAUUUGUGAUAGACGCUGAAACCAUCUGUUUCCGCCGGGAUGGCGUGAGAAGACACGUGUCUCUGUAAUUUUUAACAGUCACUUCUUCAUCGAUCCUAAAUCGUGAAAUUGUGAUCUGUGCAACAUAUUAAAUUAAAUCAUAGAUGAAUCUCUUUAUUUACGAAAUAUAUUUCCGAGGACAAAUUUUGGAUGACAGUGGAGCAACAUUUUGAAGAUCUCAAACUAGCUCGCUGUGGGAUACCAAGCAUCGUUCUGGAAUCGCACUGCUAGCAUUGUUCCUACUUUAUUCGGUGAAAUCGAGCAGGCAAGCGAGAAGAGUAUCGAGUGUGGGCCUGGAUAGCUCAGUAGAAAGAGCUCGGCAAGCGAAAGGUCCUAGGUUCAAAUCCUGGUCUAGUCCUAGCUUAUUUGUCUCCCCCAAAAAGUAAUUACGCGGCGCGUCUUAGUGCCUACUUGUCCGAAGAUAAUAUUGUGGACACAUACUAUUAAAAAGAAGAAGAAUUGGUUCGAAAUAUCCUUCGAUCUAUUAUUAUUUAUUGAAGAUUUCAACAAAAACUUUCUGACGUUCCUCUUAGAUCAGUUGAUCUUUUGAAUUGUCGAGAAUUUAAAAAGAGUUUCUCUCAAAGAAGAUCACGAAGAUCAUACUGAAUUACUCCGAAGCUUAUCCUCUUCAACCAAUUUUCUGCUACGUAUCCUUCUCAGAUCAAGACUUUGGAGACGAAUUUUGCAGCAAGUUUUCAUAUCUUCUGAGGGCAGAUCAUGAGAGACAACAUGGCAAAUCCUGAACAAUCUGUAGAUCCAAAAACUAGCCAACCGCGCGGGAAAGUCUGCCAGGAACAUAGCGAGGAGAAUUGCCCGAGUGAGAAUGAACGCGAGUUUGAGUCGCUGGAGUACGAGGAGGACGCGUAUUACUCGAAACUGACAACGACGCCGAGCUUCGACGACAUCGACGAACUGGACGAAGAAGUGGACGAGCUGGUGGUUCACUGCUGGCGCGGCUCCAACGGGGAGAUCGACGAGAUUGUCGUGGACGAUCGUGGAGACGACCUGUCCGUCGCGACGGAAAUUCAGGGAGAAUCACUAGAAGGAAGCCGUAAGAGGAAGAAGCGGUCGAUCCGCGUGAUCUUCCAGGACUUCUCCAAACCUUACCUCGCCAAGAUCAGCAACAGCGAGAAUUACAAGAAGUUGCUCGAGCUGAUGAAAGGUGAAGAUGCCUCGCUCCACUCGGCCGGCUCUCUGUCGCCAUCGUCGGAUAACAUGGCAAACGAGCUUCAAGGACUCUCCUUGGAGGAGCAGGAGCAACAAAGGGCUGAAUGGAGCGCCGAGUUAGCGAAGGUCGAAGAAGAGAUACAGACUCUGAGACACGUUCUCGCCAACAAGAUCAAGGUUUCCCAGGACCUGAAGAGGAAGCUUGGCAUUAGUGUCUGGAAGGAGCUUACCGACGAUGUCAAUCAGGGACUCAAGAACGUUAAAGAGAGUCAUGUUUAUCAGAACGUCGGCGAGACAUUCGGUCGCUUAACCAGGACAAUCUCUGCUAACAGAUUAUACCAAAAGACAGAAUCUGUACUCAAGUCCACGGCGGAGAAGACGACUAGCAUUUUAGGUGGUUUUGGUAGCGGUAUCUCCAUGAAACUAGGCCAGAUGCGCAAUUCCGACAGCUUCCGGUCGCUGGAGGAAAGGGUUGGAUCCGCCUGCGAGAACAUCAAGACAAAAGUCGUGCCUUCAAGGUCCGGCUCGACGCAGAGUUUUGACGAAGCUCUUCGGGAAUCCGAGGCAAUGAGGCGCUCAUCCGCGGCUCCGUCGGUUACCAGUCCGACUAUUCCCGAGGACAAGAUGCUCUCUUAGAGCUCGAAAUCGCGGAAUACAAAGUGUUGCUACCGCGCUAUAUUAUUAUUACGUUCGUCUAUUGCAAACGCUUUAGCGGGCCAAAUGGCGUAUCCGUGCACGUCGGAUGAAUCAUUCGAUACUUCGCUCAGUCGAGACUUCGGCCACGGGCACGAAUCGUCCAAGUACUAUCCUAUUCUCUAUCCAAUAAAAACAAUAUUUUUUUGCACGCCAUUUCCACGCCUUCUCCCCCUCGCAGGAUCGCCUUUCUCCGGGCUACUCUCAGGACAUCCCUAACGCAAAGUAUCUCAUGUGAUUUUUAUACUCGAUACUAAAGAGCGGGUACUCAAGACGGUCUGUUUUCCAAACAAUGAAAUGCCUUUUGAAAAUUUUUUAUAAUUGUGAUUUGUAAAUAUAAUAAAAUAUAUUUGGGGCUCGAAUCGGAGCUGAUUAUUUAUAUGUGUCGCGAGAGAAACUUCAUUUUGACUAAUAAAAUUAGGAAAAAAGAAAUUUGCGACAAUCCCCUCCCCCUAAUUUUCACUGUUGCACGAUAUACAGUUAUGAAAUAAUUUUUUGUCCCUUUCGAGUGCUCGCAUUUAAUUGUAUCAAGUCAAUUGAAAUUUAUAUUGACAAAUACUCGCGCUUAUAUCUGCAAACUAUUCGUGACUUUUGACACUCGGAGUUUUAUUGCAUAUUACCGGUGUCCUGAAUCGACCUGAUAGAGCUGCCAAAAACAAAUAUUUUCAACGAUCUAUGACGAAUGACCCGUCCACUGACAAUACUUUACACUGUAUACUGUAAACAAACACCUACUAUGCAAGUCUAGUUAACGCGAGUCAUUCGGAAUAUUCAGUCCGCCAAAAUCUAAUCGGAUUUUGAAAAACAACACGCGAGCCUUAAUUUUUUUUCUAUUUGUCUAAUUACGGGAUAUUGUAGCAAAAUGACAGAGGGAGAUUAUUAUAUAAAAAUCAUCAAGCUUGUUAUGUAUAAUGAAAUCAAGUCGUGACAAUGUGAAAUGAGGAACAGUUUUCCAUCCACCGUGAGUUAUUUUAUUGGAAAUUAUGCAAAAUGAGUCAUUGGAAGCAAAAGAGUUAAACUUCCUCGAAGGGACAGUAUUUAUCUUCAAGGGAGAUGUUUCAUAAUUUUGCUCUCUCUCUCUCUCUCGACUUAUUCUGUAUAUUGGACUGACAAUGAGAGAAAGUUCCUUGCGAUUCUCGACUUCACAAAUGGAUACUUUUUACGUGAAUAAGUACGUGGAUAAUCUAAUGAUUGGAUUCGCGCAAAAUUCGAAAGAUAUUUUGUAUUCUAGCCUUACGAAUGGAUUAUCGACGACGCACGGUGCGCGACGUAUGUUCUUGUUAACAUUAAUACGCAAUCAUUUACACGCAAAUCUGCGAAAGUAAGCUCGCGUGUGCACAUGCGUUGCGACGAAAGUGAUUAACCGUUAUUAACGACAAUUGGCCGUGGCUCGUCGAUGUCUAUUGCAUAACAUCUUCUUGUUCAUAUUGAUAAAUAAAUUAUUUUAAAUGCUAAAA